UCCCCAAUCCGUCCACCCAUCACAGUGUGGACGCGUGCGACUGACUGUGAAUUGACUGACUUGCCCUCCCUUGCCCAGCGAGAGAGGAAGAGCGAUGGCGCCGCGGAAGCUAUACGGGAUGCCGCUGUCGCCCAACGUGGUGCGCGUGGCCACCGUGCUCAACGAGAAGGGCCUCGACUUCGAGAUCGUCCCCGUCGACCUCCGCACCGGCGCCCACAAGCAGCCCGAGUUCCUGGCCCUCAACCCUUUCGGCCAGAUCCCCGCGCUGGAGGACGGAGAUGAAGUUCUCUACGAGUCCCGGGCGAUCAACCGGUACAUCGCUUCCAAGUACAAGUCGGAGGGCCCCGACCUCCUCCCGACCCCGUCGGCGAAGCUGGAGGUGUGGCUGGAGGUGGAGGCGCACCACUUCUACCCCAACGUGUCGCCGCUGGUGUUCCAGCUCCUCAUCAAGCCGCUCCUGGGCGGCGCCCCGGACCCCGUGGUGGUCGACAAGCACGCGCACCAGCUCGCCAAGGUGCUCGACGUCUACGAGGCGCACCUCGCCGGGAACAAGUACCUCGCCGGCGACGAGUUCUCGCUCGCCGACGCCAACCACAUGUCCUACCUUUUCUGCCUCAGCAAGACCCCCAAGGCGGGCCUCGUCGACGAGAGGCCCCACGUCAAGGCCUGGUGGGAGGACAUCGCCGCCCGCCCCGCCUUCAAGAAGACCGUCGCAGGCAUCCCCUUGCCGCCGACGCCGUCCGCCUGAGCUCCCGCGCCCGCGUCGAAUAAAAAGCUUAGCUUGGUGGUGGUAGAUCCGUUGAAUAAACUGCGCGUUGGAUGUGCUGGAUUAUGUGAAGAGCGCGGUGGACGCGAUGUAUGUGGAAUUCGCCUUUGCUCCUCACUCCUCACUCCUCAGAUAUUAUUGUGUAAUGUGUUUGCUCAUCUUGUUGACUUCUAGUAAUUGUUCGUGUGAUUAGCGGUAUGCCAGGUGUUGUAGAGUUGAUCAUUUGGAAA